ACUCAACUUAGAACUUCCGGUAUAACGAACUAUUUAUAUUUCAUAUCUGGUCCUAUUAGGUUAAGCAAUAAAACGUUUCUGGGCAUACUGAGAAAUACUCUUCAGUUUUUUUUUUAUUUAAAACUGUUAAAGCUUUCCGAUGUUCGGUGAAAUCGGAUGCAACCUUGCGUGAAUCCCUCCUCCUGGGUAGCGUGAUUUGUCACACGCUUAGAAAUAAACCUGACGGUUCGCUAAGCUUGGGUGUAUCUUGGAUACAAGGUCAACUAUUGUGCUGCUUUUCGUUAAAAGAACUCUCAAGUAGUCCAUUGUUUACUCCACUGAAGCAGCCUCUAAGCUCUCUAGCAUUCGAUUACAUGCAAAUCGUCUUAUUAACAAAUGUACACUCCUGUCUCGUGUUCAAGAAAGUCUUAAGAAGUUUAGUGGAAUGGCUUCCCCGGCAAAACAACCAGGGUCCUCUAUCACGUGUGAGAGUCUUAUCAGAACACGUCGAAUGAACAAGACUGAAUCAUUUCUACUCGAGGAAAGGCUAAAAGUGUUGGAUAGCAAGAAGAAUCAGAAAUAUGCUGAGUUGAACGUGGAGAAACACUCUCUUAAGAAAGAGAUUGAGGAGAUUCGAAGCGUGCGCAAGAAUUCGGGAAUUAGCGCCGAGAGAAGAAAGCUUCUGCGAUCUCAAGGGUACACAAUCGACACGCGCACUGCUGUGAACGAGUCUGGUGACGUGAGGGCUGCCUUCAAAAGAUUGUCGAUGCCAGAAAUUGGCGUUUCCGAUUUGUCUGCAUCAAGAAGCCCGAAAUUAAACACGCAUAAAAGUGAGCCUGUUAUGAAAGCCUUCUCGCAGAUAAACAUCCACGGAUCAGGAGAAAUGGAGAAAGAAAUCACCGGCGGGGAACAGCGAAAGAACUCUAGUGUUAUGACACGGUCCAGAGCGAGGCAUCAGUUCCGUGUUAUCGAGCCACCUUGCCGACCAGGAUCAAGGCGAAAUUUUGUUCAGCUGUCCACCGACAAACUAAAGGAAUUCAAUGAAAAAGAGGAAAAACAAUCGGAAGAAACUUUAUUUGAUCCUAAUGUAAGAGUAGACCAUCGGGGUGUGAUUUUGUCUCCAAGGUUGGCGAAGACUUCGAAGAACACUACUCAAGCAGAGGUGAAAGCUGAUGAGUCACCCGGCCAUACACGUUUGAUACCUAUUUCGGAAAAACAGAUUUGCCAAGACAAACAGAAAAAAACUACGCAAUCAGACCAAAUCCUCUUUGGCCCGGGAAAACAAGCUUGGGCAGAAAAUCUGUAUUUCGAGAAUAAAACCAGAACCGAGGAAAGGUCAAGCUUCCCAGCUGUUGAACAGAAACUCAGAUCAAAUUCGUGUGGCAGCUUUGAUCGUCUAACGGAAGUUCGCGUUUCAGACAGCCCUUCAGACUUCCACGAUAACGAAUCAAUAUCACGCGAUGUGAUCACACCAGGAAGCCCUCAUGUGUAUCGUACGUCAAUCAUAGCGACCAAUAAAGUGCAUUCGACCCCUGAACUGAGACGGAAACAAGUUAGCACCAGGCCACCUGCGCGGGUGGCUUUCGUUGAACCUCAAGAAGGAAUGCCUAAUAUGGAGAGACAGAGUCGUGCUUGUAUUAUUGAGUCACGAGAACCCAAAGUACAACACGUACGUAACGUAGAAACGGAGUCAAGUAACAGCAGGUUGCGAGCCGACUCGUCUGAAUCAAAUGCAAACGAACAGACCCAGUUACCCCGUGAAAAGCCAGCGGAGUUGUGCAAAAAGAGGCGGGUUACAGUACCUCCAGGAAAACUCAGCAUUGCGCCGCCGGAUCACGAAGUCGUUCCAAGCCAAGAAGGAGGUAAAAGUGAACCAAAGAAACUGAGCAGUGCUUCGUUAUCUUCGAAUGUUAGAAAGAAAUCAGUGCUUUCUUCGCAUUCUGAACACCACCCCCAAGAUGAUUUAGUCACAUAUGCCUACGAUGCUCGGCCGGGGCGGUCACUUUGCAAAGGAUAUGUUACAAUGCAGAUGACGGUCAAAGGAAAGCAAGUUAAAGUGCACAUCCCCAGAUUUCCGCACGAUUCUGAAUCUGAGCCGGUUAUUGAGCGUCUUCGUAAGAAAAUUUCUUUUGAUCGGUCUCAGCCGAGAACACUUCAAAAAAAAGAGACAUCAAAUGAAGAGCUUGAAAAGGCAGAGGCUUGAUUAUGAAUUAAGUUUAGUUGUUGGUCUUCCGGCGGCUGGAGAAUAGAUCUACAAAAAAAGUAGCUAUAAGUUGCUGGAGCACAUUCAUCAUUUUGUGUUUUGCUCUGAUAUUGUGUGGCUUAUUUUGAUGCUGCCCCAAGAAAGCUUUGCCUAAUAAAUUGUUGACACAAGAAAGUCACAUUUUCAAUUCUUUGUUUUUACUCUAAUGUGAACUUGUUCCACUAAGGCAAAUAGGUUUGUAUCGAGGAGGAAACAUUUCUCAAGGACAACAUGUUACGACGACACUGAACACAGACCUGAUCAAUUGAAGAAAAUAAAUUUACCUCAUGUUUAGGGUACGGUUGGCUUUACAAUGCGUGGGAGUUUAAUUGAACAAGCGGUUUGUGUCUUAUUAACGUCGAGUUUCUAGAGUUUCUUCGAAUUAAGGGAUUAGUCGAAAUCCGAUUUUUCUGCAUUUGAAGGGCUUAACCCCACCGUAGUAUGGCACCACAAACUGAUUUGUUUACAACUGCAAUUUGCAAUAACUUCAGCAAAGCAUCUUAAGUUGUAUUGUCUAGAGGUUAGCGAAAUAUAAAAAAAAUAAAAUUUUAUAAAAGUCGUAAAACUGGACAUCGUUUCAAAUCAAGAAGACUUCAUCGCGUCGGCCAAUCGCUUAUUGCCCCGCUUACUGCAAUUCGGUAAUUCACUUCAACAAGAAUUUCCCGGGCAGCAACUCCCUGCAAACGUUGCAAAGACUCUGAACUGCCUUUUGUC